AUGAAAAAGAGGCCUUGCGCCACAAUCCUGAUACGACUGAUUGAAGGCUACAUUUACAGCCGACUGGCAAAUCACUCCUGCGAGUCGGCCGCCCACGCUAUCAAUUCACUAGAGGGCGGUGUUGGCACUUUGGUUUUCUCCAGCGGCAUGGGGGCAAUCACAACCACGUUACUGGCCUUGCUGAAGACUGGCGACCACGUGAUAGCACCUUAUCCCUUGUAUUCGACAACAUACACCAUGAUGAAACGAACUCUUUCAAACUAUGGAAUAGACGUGACUUUCAUCGAAGCCGGUAACAUCGAGGAUUACAAGAAGGCUAUUAAACCCAACACGAAGAUUUUUUACGGAGAGACACCCAACAACCCUUGUCUCGGGAUCCUCGAUUUGAAGGCCUUUGCGGACGUUGCCAGGCUUGUGCCUACAGCGGUCAGUGUCGUGGACUCCACUUUCGCUUCGCCGUACCUCCAGCGCCCUCUGGAGCUGGGGGUGGACAUCGUCAUUCACAGUUGUACCAAGUACCUUGGGGGACACAGUGACAUCGUCGCUGGCUGCAUGAGCACCAAGGAUGAGGAGAUUUUGUCCGGCAUCUGCGAAUUUCAGAGAGAAACGGGAAGCUGCCUGUCUCCGUUUGAUGCCUUCCUGUUGCUACGUGGGGUACGCACAUUGCCGUUGAGGAUGGAAAAACACAGCCAGAACGGGAUGAAGAUUGCGCAAUAUCUCGAACAACAUCCCAAGAUCGGCAAGGUGUAUUACCCUGGCCUGCCGUCCCAUCCCCAGCACGAAGUGGCCAAGAAACAGAUGUCAGCCUUCGGUGGGAUGAUUGCCUUUGAGGUAGCCGAUGGGCUUGAAGCCGCAAAGACUCUUGUCGAAUCUGUAAAGCUCAUUAACCUAGCUGUGUCUCUGGGCUCCACCGAAAGUCUGAUCGAGCACCCGGCGACGAUGACCCACGGUCCCUUUCAGAUGAGGCCCGAGGACAGACGGAAAGGAGGAAUCUCGGACGGACUCAUCAGACUCAGUGUUGGCAUUGAGAAUGUGGACGACCUUAUCCGGGAUCUGGAACAAGCCCUCGCUAAAGUAUGAAUUAUUUGAUUUGAAAAAGCUUAUGCUUGUCGAAAUUAAGAGCCAUAUUGCUUUGUUCCCCCUUUCCUUUGUGAGACACUUUUUUCUGAUGGUUUAAUUAAAAUACCAUUUUGCAUGGAUUCCAUUUUUCAGGCAAAAGCCUAAUUUCCGCGGUUUUUUUCAUAUAAAACACCAGGCUAAUUUCAGACCUUAAGAACCAAAUUUAUCUGAGCGGCUUUUCAAGAUGACGCUUACACUAUUAGAACUGCCAAGUGUUAUCCAAAUUUUACAAAAACACAAACAUCCUUAUAUUUGAUUAGUGUCGUCUCAAAGAUCUUGGUAUUUUGUAAGUUGAAGAGAUAGGAGCUAGCUAUGGCAUAGGGGAUAGGAGCUAGCUAUGGCAUAGGGGAUAGGAGCUAUAUAGCUAUGGCAUAGGCCUAUUUUACAUUUUUUUGCAUCUUCUCUUGUAAAGCCAUCAAGACGUGAUUGAAUGAUUUUCAUGUAUAUUUCAUGGACCUAUAAUCACUUUAAAUUUAAUAACAUAUAAAUAACAAGAUAAAGAGAGAUAUUAGAAGCUUUAUUCGUUUCAAUUAAGUUCACGUUAAAUAUAACCUGUCAGUCAAGACUACUGACCAACAAUGAGACUUAUCGUAUCAGACUUGUUGGCCGAGAUCGGGCCGCUUGUUCUCGUAUGUUCACGAACAGCUCGAUUUGUUGUUCGUG